CGCCUUAUGAUUGAUCGCGGGGUAUGGAGUGGGAGUCAGCCAUUGCCUUCGUGCUCUAUAUAAGAUAGACUGCAGACCCCCUUAACUUCAUUUCUCAAUUGAUUUUACAUUAUCAUAUUUAAAGCAUCUCAGGAAUUAACAGCCCAGCAAUGGCAAAGUCACUUCACUACGUCACUCUCGACGUCUUCACUACCAAGCGGUUCGAGGGUAAUCCCUUAGCCGUCGUUUUCCUCGAGCACCCUCAGCAAAUAUCCCAAGAACAAAAGCAGCUCAUUGCCCGAGAGUUCAAUUACUCAGAAACUAUAUUCGUUCACCCACCGAUACCUGGUCAACAAAGUCGCAAGAUUGACAUCUUCACCCUGGACCGAGAGCUCCCAUUCGCAGGCCAUCCCACCAUCGGUGCAACAUACUGGUUCCUCCGAUCACAGGGUUAUGGAACUACCGAGCAAUCGCCCUCUAGCCUCCUGACAAAAGCUGGAGAAAUCCCUAUUUCAUUAUCUACGGAGGAUUCUAAUAAGGUCGCCGCCUUGAUACCCCACAACGUGCGCAUUCAUGCCGCAAGAAUGUCGUUGGCGGAACUGCUUAGGCUGCAUCCAGAGCUCGAGCCUUAUCUAGAUGCUUCGGCUCAUGCGGAAGGAUUCCCGGUGGUCUCUAUUGUCAAAGGCAUGUCUGCUGUGCAUGUUCGCCUGCCUAGCCUUGAGGCUCUAGGCAAAAUUACCACCCCGACUGGAGGUUAUUUGAUCCCUGCUGCAAACCCAGCGGGCGGCGGAUAUCUUGACGAAGGAUGGGAUGUCCUAGGACAUGUGGCGAUCUAUUUCCGCGUUCACGACGUGUGGGAUGAGAAGCUCCAGAAGAAUGUUAUUCGCAGUCGCAUGCUUGCUGGCACCUUGGAAGAUCCGGCUACGGGAAGUGCUUGUAGUGGAAUGUGUUCAUAUCUGAGCUUAACAGAGGGAAAAUCUGCAACAUACCAGGUUGUGCAAGGCCAAGAGAUGGGGCAGAGGAGUGAAAUUGCAGUUCGUGUAGAGCUGAAGGAUGGAAUGAAGGAGAUCCAAAGUGUUCAGUUGCAGGGAAAUGCAGUCAAGGUUGCUGAGGGAGAGCUUUUUGUUGGAGAUGAAUAGCGGAUAUCUCUGCUUGCAUUGACAAAUCUAGGCAUCAAUGGGAAACAGUUUGUCAAUGUCCAGGACACAAUACCAAUACAAAAAACUUCCAAGUGCAAGAGAAAAUCAUGGCUCAUCCGGAAUGUGU